AAAGUCUUGCUGCCACUCUGCUCAGUGUGAGGAUUGUGCUUUUGAAAUCCCUGUGCCUGAAACCCUUGAAGGGGCAAUAGAGCAAGGCAGAAGCUCUUUCUUUUGGUGUCACUAGCAGAAAGUGAGCAGCACCCAGGAAGAAGAGAGCUUUUAAAGUAGAAGAUGAAGAAGCGCUAUGUGGUGGCCGGAGUCCUGACCACAGCCCUGCUGGGGCUCGUCCUGGUCCUGGGGCUCUUCUUCGGGCUGCGCUACGAGGCAGCACACACUUACAAGAGGGCAGCCGUGGCGACGGAUGCGGGGCAGUGCUCAAUAAUUGGAAGGGACAUCCUUCAGCAAGGUGGAUCAGCAGUGGAUGCUGCGAUUGCAGCUCUGCUUUGUGUAGGACUCAUGAAUGCUCACAGCAUGGGCAUCGGUGGGGGCCUCUUCUUUACCAUCUACAGCAGCACAGGAAAAGUGGAAAUCAUUAAUGCAAGAGAGGUGGCUCCAAAGGGAGCAUCAGACGACAUGUUUGGGAACAACACACAGCUCUCUCUGAAAGGAGGACUGUCCAUCGCAGUUCCAGGAGAAAUCCGGGGCUACGAACUGGCUUACAAACGUCAUGGCAAACUGGCAUGGAAAGACCUAUUUCUGCCCAGCAUCAAGUUGGCAAGAGAUGGAUUCCCUGUUGGGAAAGGCCUUGCAGCAGCCAUCAAAUCAAGAGAGGAGUCCAUCGAAAGUAACCCCUUGCUGUGUGAAAUAUUCUGCAAAGGAGGGAAAAUCCUGCAAGAGGGGGAUAUCAUCAAGAUGCCAAAACUAGCCAAGACAUACGAGACUAUAGCCAGUGAAGGAGCAGAUGCCUUUUACACUGGAAGCCUGGCAAAACAGAUCGUCGAUGACAUCCACAAGGCAGGGGGCAUUGUCACAUUGGAGGACCUGCGGGACUACAACGCAACGGUGAUCGAGGACCCCAUCCAGGUCACACUUGGGGAAUUCACCCUCUACACGCCCAGUGCCCCCCUAAGUGGCCCUGUGCUGGCCCUUAUUUUCAACAUACUGAAAGGAUAUAAUUUCUCUGCUGACAGCGUCAAAACCAUGGAGGAGAAAGGUCUCACUUACCACCGCAUCGUGGAGGCUUUUCGCUUUGCCUACGCCAAGAGGACUUUACUGGGAGAUCCUAAAUUUGUCAACAUCACAGAGGCGAUCAGAAACAUGACGUCCGAGUUCUUUGCGGACAGCCUCCGGAGGAAAAUCUCAGACACCACCUCCCACCCCGUUGACUACUAUGAGCCAGUAUAUUACACUGGAGAUAAUGCCGGUACAUCCCACCUCUCCAUUGUGGCUGACGAUGGCAGUGCUGUGUCCGCCACCAGCACCAUCAACCAAUACUUUGGCUCUGAUGUACGGUCCAAUGUGAGCGGAAUCAUAUUUAAUGACGAGAUGGAUGACUUCAGCUCACCCUACAUAAUCAAUGGAUUCGGGAUCCCUCCUUCUCCAGCAAACUUCAUAGCACCAGGUAAACAGCCGAUGUCCUCAAUGUGCCCCUCCAUCUUGGUGGAUAAAAUGAAAAAGGUCAGGAUGGUGGUUGGUGCUUCUGGAGGAACCAAAAUAACUACAGCAACAGCACUGACAAUCAUCAAUUCCAUCUGGUUUGGUUAUGAUGUGAAGAAAGCAGUGGAAGAGCCCAGAAUCCAUGAUCAGCUGUUUCCCAACGUCACAGAGCUUGAGCAGCAAAUAGAGGAGGGCAUAGAAGAACAACUAAAGAAGAGAAAACACGACACAUCGCGGGUGAGCAGCGGUGCGGUCGUGCAGGCCAUUCUCAGAACAGAAGAUGGAUGGGCUGCUGCCUCCGAUUCCCGGAAAGGUGGCUUCCCUGCAGGCUACUGACACAGCUCGGCUCCUUUUUUCAGUGGUCUAUUGACACUGAGGUGUGUUUGGGGGGAAGAUCCUUUAGGUCUGCAACUCAGGGACUUCUCACAGGAAAGAACAAAUUUACCUGUGGUUCUAUUGACAGCUGGGACAGUUCUCUACAGCCAUGACCGAGUGCCUCAAGCCACAGCAGCCUGCUGAGACAGGCGCAUCUGCCAGGACGUGCACCAUUUACUUGAAGAGUCUGUUCUGCCUUGAAGAUUUGUUCCCUCCUCCCCAUCCCAUGAAGGCAGACCGGGUACCCAGGGUUUCUGGAGGUGGUCCAGCUCACCCAAGCUGCAGAAGUGUUUCCCUUGCACAGCGUCAGCUACCGGGAAUGUCCCUGUCACUGCUAGAGCAGAGAUUUGUUUCUUGUUGAGUAGACGGGAGCCACAGGACUCUGGGGACUGGGUUUUCUAAGCUGCAAACUAAUCUUCUGUGCCGUAGCACGAAGCCCAGCUCUCGACUGGGAUGAGCCUUCACAAAAUCACCACUUUCUUUUAACUUUCUUUUUUCAGAAACAAGCUGUUUCUGCUUUCCACUGCCGUUGAUUAUUGGAGACACGUGGGGAAAUGGGGAAGUGGCUUCAAACUGUUUUAUAUUUCUGUUGAGAAGGUCUAAAGGGAAGAUGCUACCUGUAAAACUCUGAGCACAACUACAGUAAAUAAAUACACAUUGUUCUUGCCUGCAGAGUUGCUACCUGCCAAAAGGGAUGGUGACAGUCUGCCUGAAAGAAGCUCUCUUGAGAUUCUUUUCUUUUCUCCACUCUUUUCAUGAACAUAUGAGUAAAAAAAUAGUUAACCAUCCA